AUGAAAGUGCCCGACGCCGUCCGGGACGGGGACGCGAGCUCCGGCCUGCUAGCAAUGAGCGUGUUGUGCUGGGUGGUGAGGAGGAUGGAUCUCCUGACCGGCGCCCUCCGUCGCAGUGUGACCAGCAUGGACAAGGUCAACGUUUCGGGGUUGAAGGGGCUGCGGAAUGGGAUGAUAACAUUCGUCAAGGAGCACGCCGCUCUCAAACGGUCGGGCCAUGUCGGAGUUGCUGCCGACGCCUGUGACGACGACGACAAGGAGGCCCCUUCGGCAUCCCAAGCAGUAGGCGUCGCCUACACCGUCGAUGAUGCACGUGGGACUUCGAUCGGAGAGCCCGGAGGCGGCGUCGACAAGGAAGAUGAGGAGGCGGGAAGGGUGGUGACUGGGACCGUGGAGAAGCACCAGGACGAGGACGUCCAUCACGAUGAUAACGAGGAUCAGGAAGAGGACCAUGAGGAUUGUGAGGAGGAGGAGGAGGAGGAGGAGGAGGAGGAGGAGGAGGAGGAGGAGGAGGAGGAGGAGGAGGAGGAGGAGGAGGGGGAGGAGGAGGAGGAGGAGGAGGAGGAGGAGGAGGAGGAGGAGGAGGAGGAGGAGGAGGAGGAGGAGGAGGAGGUGGAGGAGGCGGAGAAGCAGCAAGAGGGGGAGCAGGAGGAAGAGGUCGAGUGGGAGUUGGAGGAAAUGGAGGUGGAGUACGUAGAGGGAGCGGCGGAAACGGCUGGGAGGUCGGCAGAUGUUGUGAACGAGGGAGGGGAGGAUGCCGACGAGGAGAAAUUCGGCAUGGAGGUGGCUCACGGGGGGAGUGAGAAGGUCGUGGUCGGCGAUGUGGUUGGCGACGCGAAGGAAGUUAUCGACCUCGAGGCCGUUGGAGAAGGGGACAACGCCGCGGCCACGAAGAAGACGAGCAUGGAAAGGCCUACCGAGACCACCGCAGGGAAGGCCGGGGGGGAGCGGUCUAGGAAGAAGAAGGCGGCGCGCGGUCAUCCCGGUGCCUCCGCAUCUGGUCGGCAGGCACCGCUGGACGUCGUCGGGCAGCUGCGACAGGAGAACAGGCGAUUGACGGCAGAAAAUGCCAGUCUGGAGAAGGCGGAUGGAGAGGAAAGGGGUCGGGUGGACAGGUUUGCGUUGGGGAUACGCGGACUCCUCGACAAGCUCCAGUCGUUGGCCGACCAGGUCGCCGUCUCCGACCAUAAUGCGGCGAAACGGCUGCUAGAUGCGACGUCUGCCAUGUCGACAACCAUCACGGACAACAUGUGA